GGGCAGUGCCGGUGCCAGGGCGAGGAAGGGGCUGUCGGCAGGAAACGGAGGUGAGCCCCCUGGCCCGCCGCCUCUGCUUCCCGCCUCCAGCUCAACGUCCCCAGGCCCGGGCCGUGACCUCUGCGUGUCGGGGGCCCAGGGUUGGGGUGUGGCCCGUCUCCAUCCUCAGUGCCCCCUUCCUGUUGUUAUGGGGGUGCCGCCUCUGUCUUCUUCACACCCCGAAUCCUUUCUUAUCCGUGGGAGGGCUGAUCGGGGGGGCUUGGGGAGAGGGAAAGUUCAGUGUCCCCCGCCCCAGUGUGCACUGACUCCCCGCAAGAAAUCCCAAACGACCAGUCCAGGUGAACAUAGUGCGUGCGGUGCAAAUGUCAUUUCAAGGCAAGUCCUCCAGGCUUGUCCCCUUUCCACCGACUUGCUCCUGCAGGCAUCCUGCACUCCUCUCCCUCCCUCUGAAGUGUGGGCUGGGCGCCUCUGCAAACACCCUGGCCUACCUGCCUCCCCCACCCAGAAUCUGGAUUCUUCAAAGGAGACCUCACUGCAACAUCUGUCUUUGUUCACGACCAGCUCUCUCCCCGGCCCCCAUCUGGGAGUCACCAGAGCUGCUGAUAGACCCCCCACUUCUGGAGGGAAGGCAAAUGCUGGCACGUGUGUCCUGGUCCUUGACACCCUUCUGUGAGCCUAGGGACCCAUUUCUCCUCCUGUGACAGGGACAUCAGUGGAACCGUCUCAGACCCACAGGGGUCCUCGGUGAAUUUUGUAAUGGUUAUUUAAGGAACCUUGCCUAGAAGUCUCAACUUGCAGUUCCCCAUCGACGGGAAGGCUUGGACUCCAAGAUGAUUAUAAAGGAAUAUCGGAUUCCUCUGCCAAUGACCGUGGAGGAGUACCGCAUUGCCCAGCUGUACAUGAUACAGAAGAAGAGCCGUAACGAGACAUACGGUGAAGGCAGCGGCGUGGAGAUCCUGGAGAACCGGCCGUACACAGAUGGCCCAGGCGGCUCUGGGCAGUACACACACAAGGUGUAUCAUGUGGGCAUGCACAUCCCCAGCUGGUUCCGCUCCAUCCUGCCCAAGGCAGCCCUGCGGGUGGUGGAGGAGUCCUGGAAUGCCUACCCCUACACCCGAACCAGGUUCACCUGCCCUUUCGUGGAGAAAUUCUCCAUCGACAUCGAAACCUUUUAUAAAACUGAUGCUGGAGAAAACCCCGAUGUGUUCAACCUCUCUCCUGUGGAAAAGAACCAGCUGACAAUCGACUUCAUCGACAUUGUCAAAGACCCUGUGCCCCACAAUGAGUAUAAGACAGAAGAGGACCCCAAACUGUUCCAGUCAACCAAGACUCAGCGGGGGCCCCUGUCAGACAACUGGAUCGAGGAGUACAAGAAGCAGGUCUUCCCCAUCAUGUGUGCAUACAAGCUCUGCAAGGUGGAGUUCCGCUACUGGGGCAUGCAGUCCAAGAUCGAGAGGUUCAUCCAUGACACCGGACUACGGAGGGUGAUGGUGCGGGCUCACCGGCAGGCCUGGUGCUGGCAGGACGAGUGGUAUGGGCUGAGCAUGGAGAACAUCCGGGAGCUGGAGAAGGAGGCGCAGCUCAUGCUUUCCCGCAAGAUGGCCCAGUUCAAUGAGGAUGGUGAGGAGGCCACCGAGCUCGUCAAGCACGAAGCCGCCUCGGACCAGGCCUCUGGGGAGCCCCUGGAGCCCAGCAGCAGCAAUGGGGAGCCCCUGGUGGGGCGGGGCCUCAAGAAACAGUGGUCCACAUCCUCCAAGUCGUCUCGGUCGUCCAAGCGGGGAGCGAGUCCUUCCCGCCACAGCAUCUCAGAGUGGAGGAUGCAGAGUAUCGCCAGGGACUCGGACGAGAGCUCAGACGACGAGUUCUUCGAUGCGCACGAGGACCUGUCUGACACAGAGGAAAUGUUCCCCAAGGACAUCACCAAGUGGAGUUCCAAUGACCUCAUGGACAAGAUCGAGAGCCCAGAGCCGGAAGACACACAAGAUGGUCUGUACCGCCAGAGCGCCCCUGAGUUCAGGGUGGCCUCCAGUGUGGAGCAGCUGAACAUCAUAGAGGACGAGGUUAGCCAGCCGCUGGCUGCACCGCCCUCCAAGAUCCACGUGCUGCUACUGGUGCUGCACGGAGGCACCAUCCUGGACACGGGCGCCGGGGACCCCAGUUCCAAGAAGGGUGAUGCCAACACCAUCGCCAACGUGUUCGACACCGUCAUGCGCGUGCACUACCCCAGCGCCCUGGGCCGCCUUGCCAUCCGCCUGGUGCCCUGCCCGCCUGUCUGCUCUGACGCCUUUGCCCUGGUCUCCAACCUUAGCCCCUACAGCCAUGACGAAGGCUGUCUGUCCAGCAGUCAGGACCACAUUCCCCUGGCUGCCCUCCCCCUGCUGGCCACCUCCUCCCCCCAGUACCAGGAGGCGGUUGCCACAGUGAUUCAGCGAGCCAACCUUGCGUAUGGGGACUUCAUCAAGUCCCAGGAGGGCAUGACCUUCAAUGGGCAGGUCUGCCUGAUUGGGGACUGCGUCGGGGGCAUCCUGGCAUUUGAUGCCCUAUGCUACAGCAACCAGCCGGUGUCUGAGAGUCAGAGCAGCAGCCGCCGGGGCAGUGUGGUCAGCAUGCAGGACAACGACCUGCUGUCCCCGGGCAUUCUGGUGAAUGCAGCACACUGCUCCGGUGGUGGCGGUGGCGGUGGUGGCAACAGUGGUGGUGGUGGCAGUAGUGGUGGCUCCAGCUUGGAGAGCAGUCGGCACCUGAGCCGAAGCAACGUCGACAUCCCCCGCAGCAAUGGCACCGAGGACCCCAAAAGGCAGCUACCCCGCAAGAGAAGCGACUCGUCCACCUAUGAGCUAGACACCAUCCAGCAGCACCAGGCCUUCCUGUCCAGCCUCCAUGCCAGCAUGCUGAGGACUGAGCCCUGCUCACGCCGUUCCAGCAGCUCCACCAUGCUGGACGGCACAGGUGCCCUGGGCAGGUUUGACUUUGAGAUCACGGACCUCUUCCUCUUCGGGUGCCCGCUGGGGCUGGUCCUGGCCUUGAGGAAGACUGUCAUCCCAGCCCUGGAUGUUUUCCAGCUGCGGCCGGCCUGCCAGCAAGUCUACAACCUCUUCCACCCCGCGGACCCGUCAGCGUCACGCCUGGAGCCGCUGCUGGAACGGCGCUUCCACGCUCUGCCGCCUUUCAGUGUCCCCCGCUACCAACGCUACCCGCUGGGGGACGGCUGCUCCACACUGCUGGCGGAUGUGCUCCAGACCUACAAUGCGGCCUUCCAAGAGCAUGCCACCCCCUCCUCGCCCAGCACUGCCCCUGCCAGUCGUGGCUUCCGCCGAGCCAGUGAGAUCAGCAUCGCCAGCCAGGUGUCAGGCAUGGCCGAGAGCUACACGGCAUCCAGCAUUGCCCAGAAGGCCCCCGAUGCGCUCAGCCAUACCCCCAGCGUCAGGCGUCUGUCCCUGCUCGCCCUGCCCCCACCCCGCCCUAUCACCCCUGGCCCCCACCCUCCAGCCAGGCAGGCGAGUCCCAGCCUGGAGAGGGCCCCUGGCCUCCCUGAGCUGGACAUCAGAGAAGUCGCUGCAAAGUGGUGGGGCCAGAAGCGGAUUGACUAUGCCCUGUACUGCCCUGAUGCCCUCACGGCCUUCCCCACGGUGGCUCUGCCUCACCUCUUCCACGCCAGCUACUGGGAGUCAACAGACGUGGUCUCCUUCCUGCUGAGACAGGUCAUGAGGCAUGACAACUCCAGCAUCUUGGAGCUGGAUGGCAAAGAGGUGUCGGUGUUCACCCCCUCCAAGCCAAGGGAGAAGUGGCAGCGCAAGCGGACCCACGUGAAGCUGCGGAACGUGACGGCCAACCACCGGAUCAAUGAUGCCCUCGCCAAUGAGGACGGCCCCCAGGUCCUGACGGGCAGGUUCAUGUAUGGGCCCCUGGACAUGGUCACCCUGACUGGGGAGAAGGUGGAUGUGCACAUCAUGACCCAGCCACCCUCGGGCGAGUGGCUCUACCUGGAUACGCUGGUGACCAACAACAGUGGGCGUGUCUCCUACACCAUCCCUGAGUCGCACCGCCUGGGCGUGGGUGUCUACCCCAUCAAGAUGGUGGUCAGGGGAGACCACACGUUUGCCGACAGCUACAUCACUGUGCUGCCCAAGGGCACAGAGUUCGUGGUCUUCAGCAUCGACGGCUCCUUUGCCGCUAGCGUGUCCAUCAUGGGCAGCGACCCCAAGGUGCGGGCCGGGGCCGUGGACGUGGUGCGGCACUGGCAGGACCUGGGCUACCUCAUCAUCUACGUGACGGGCCGGCCCGACAUGCAGAAGCAGCGGGUGGUGGCGUGGCUGGCCCAGCACAACUUCCCCCACGGUGUGGUGUCCUUCUGUGACGGCCUGGUGCAUGACCCGCUGCGGCACAAGGCCAACUUCCUGAAGCUGCUCAUCUCCGAGCUGCACCUGCGUGUGCACGCGGCCUACGGCUCCACCAAGGACGUGGCGGUCUACAGCGCCAUCAGCCUGUCCCCCAUGCAGAUCUACAUCGUGGGCCGGCCUACCAAGAAGCUGCAGCAGCAGUGCCAGUUCAUCACGGACGGCUACGCAGCCCACCUGGCGCAGCUGAAGUACAGCCACCGGGCGCGGCCUGCUCGCAACACAGCCACCCGCAUGGCGCUGCGCAAGGGCAGCUUCGGCCUGCCAGGCCAGGGCGACUUCCUGCGUUCCCGGAACCACCUGCUUCGCACCAUCUCGGCCCAGCCCAGCGGGCCCAGCCACCGGCACGAGCGGACACAGAGCCAGGCAGAUGGCGAGCAGCGGGGCCAGCGCAGCAUGAGCAUGGCGGCCGGCUGCUGGGGCCGCGCCAUGACUGGCCGCCUGGAGCCGGGGGCGGCCACAGGCCCCAAGUAGGGCACCGUGAGUGCAGUGCGAGGUCUCCAUGGUGCUAGGAGGCCUGGCCUGGGUACAUGCAGAGACGUGGGCCCGGGAGCUUGUCCCAGGGCCUUGCAGAGGACACGGGCCACACCACACAGUGCUCCCUGCCCUGCCUCACGUCCUCGGGCCUGACGGGUCCAGCUUGUCAUGGAAGCUGGCAGGGACCACCAGCCCCAGGAUGGCAGAGGGACCAGGACUCCCCACUCAGACUGGCCUGGGAGGCUCUCCCAGACAUUUUGCCCUGCGUGGAUCUCCAAGUGUCCUGGUGCCAGGUGUGGGCCCAAGCCCAGCCUGUCACAUCCCCAUUCACUGGCCACCCUCACUCCCAGGUCCCCUCCCAUUUGGUAGCAGCUCCAACGGGGUCCAGCCUGCAUCUUGUUAACUCGAGUUUCUCAACUGUCCAACCUCACUGGUUUUGCACUGAUUUUUGAGAGCGGAGACCCAUUACCACCUCCUAUGGCUACAGACCCGUUGGCAUGCAUGAAACUCAGUACCUGCUGACCCAGGACCUACAACCACACUGAAGGCUCCAGUGCGGCAGAGGCUCGUGCAAGCAGGAGAGAAAGGCCGUAUCUUAAUUUCUGCGCCCCGGACCCUGCCCACCUGUCCGCCUGCCCUGCCUGGAGCCCAGGCCAGUGUUGUUUCCAGCCUCAGGCCACGGGCUGGACGGGCCUGGCCGCCUCUUCCGCUCCCUGCCAUCAGUCAAGGCCGCCCGCCCACGUUUCUACGCCUUUCUACUUCUCAAUCUGAUUUCUAUGAGGUUUUUUUAAAUGAGCAAUCCUUGGCUGCUUCCUUUUCUUAACUCUUUCAGUACUGAGAGCAGCCCCUCCACACUGAAAACACCCAGCACUGUGACGGAGUCCAGCCUGGUUCUGGGUCCCGUGGGCCCUGCUCCUGCCCACUCAGCGAGGCAUGGGCUCCUUGCCUCACCCGCCCCCGGCAAUCCCACUGAAUUUCUACUCUGGGGUGGGUGGGGCACACACUUCGGUUUUUUUAACGCCAAUUCCGUUUUCAUGCCGAAUCUAAGAAGCCACAACUUGCUUUGUCAGCUUCAGGGCAGGCAGCCAUGACUUCAUUUCUCGCUUGAACAAGGACCAUGCUGUCCUGCACGCUGGGUCUGACCGUCUGCCCUCUCUCCCCAGCACCAAGCGUACCUUGGCUGUGGCGCUCAAUGGCCAGCUCCAGUGGCCCCUCUGCUGCUCCUCGGCUUUCCCUGAGGUGGGAGAGCCUGCCUGGCCUCAGCCUUUGUCCAGCGAACAGGCUACGUCCCCAAGAAGCUACGGCCGACCUGGGCCUGGCGUUGGGCCGCGUGGACUGGGCUGGGGAGGUGCACAGAGUGAUGUUAACUUUUUCUUGUGUGUAGAUAUGUACAGCCAAAGGGUCGUGUAAAUGUUCUGCAAAAGUGGGUCUAUACAGAGUGAAAGCUAUUUAUUUUGUGCAGAGAAAAAUGUCUGGAGGGAUGGAACCUUCAGGGUUUAUUCAUAUUUAAGAUGUAGCUUUUUGUUGUUGUUUCAGGCAUUAUGUAUAAAGCAACGAUUAUUUUAUGGACCAAGUUUUCAUGUAACUGUUGCAGUGAAAGUGCAAUAUCUGACACCCCUGCUCCCAGCGGGAAGUCGCUUGGCCCGACAAUCACAGCCCCAGUCAGGGGCCCUGUGGCCAGUGCCUCCUCCACUCUCGGCCCCACCUCAUCCUGUCUUGCCUGCUGCCUCGGUGACCAGCCAUCCAGAGAAGCACCUGGAAGAGUCUCGGGCCCUCCUGCAAUAAAGGCCGGGAGGCCCUGUGGGCAUUGGGCUCAGCCUCUCCCUAGGGGGCAGCUCCCCCACAGCUCCUCGGCUCCUCGCUCCCCACCUGCCUGCCCAGCCGCCAGCCAUGCCAAGGACAACAGCAAUAGUCCCCUGGGGCUCUCCCAGCGGCCCUCAGCCAUAGAUGGCAAGGUGGGCAGCCCGCCCCCCAUGGGAAGUCUCUUCUGUAUCCAGGUCUGCUUUCCUCCUCCCUUCAGAUUCCUUUUGGCACAUUCUCCUCUUGAGGAAGCACCAGUCUUUCUGAAACUGAGAGAGGGAGGGCAACGUCCUUUAAAAAUACCAAAAAUGUUUACAGAGUUGGGUGCUGAGCUGCAGGGCUCAGGCCUGACCAGUCAUAACCAAAGGGUGAGGCAGGCCUUGCUGACUGCCACCCCCCAGGCCUGUUAGAAUAGAAGCCUUAGUCCCACUCCCACCACACCCCCAGGCCCCAGGCCCCACCACCUGCCUUCUCUUUGAUUUCUAAAGAGGGAUUCAGCAGAGACCCCCACCCCUCCCUGGCUCGGUCUGAGUCCCACUGCCCGCCCCAUCACAGCCUUCACGUCUCAGCCCCUCCUGUCUGGUCUGUCCAUGUGCCAUCUGUCUCUCUGGGCCAUGUGUGAGCAGCAUCCCCACUCUCCCCACCCGUCCCUGCUGUCCCCGCAUCAUUGGGCCUGAGUGUGCUCUGUAUACAACGUCAUGUCUGUCACACCAAUUAAAGAAGCGGGAAGGCUUC